ACUUACUCUGGUCAUCUAUGUGUGAUGUGAUCAGGAACAACCAUCGGGUUCUUGUCCAUCCUUCUUGUCAUUAGCUGUGUACAACAGAGAAGGAAGCAGGAGAAAAACACCGAGCUCCGACAACAAUUCUUUACGCAGAAUGGUGGCGGCAUGUUGAUACACAGACUCUCAGGAGCAGGGCUGUCUAAUGUUGAUUUCAAAAUCUUUACCGAGGAAGCCAUGAAGGAAGCAAGUAACGGUUACGACGAGAGCAAUAUCCUAGGCCAGGGAGGCCAAGGAACAGUCUACAAAGGGAUAUAACCAGACAACUCCAUAGUUGCUAUUAAGAAAUCUCGGCUAGUAGACCGUAGCCAAAUGGCGCAGUUCAUCAACGAAGUGCUCGUCCUUUCACAAAUCAACCACAGUAACGCGGUCAAGCUCCUUGGUUGUUGUCUGGAGACGGAAGUCCCCUUGCUGGUCUACGAGUCUGUAACUAAUGGCACCCUUUCCGACCAAUUGCACGGUUCCAUGUCUGAUUCUUCUCUUACGUUGGAACAACGCCUGAGGAUAGCCGUGGAGAUAGCUGGAAGUCUUGCUUAUCUGCACUCCUCUGCUUCUAUUCCAAUCAUCCACCGAGACGUCAAGACUACUAAUAUUCUCUUGGAUGAGAACUUAACUGCAAAGGUAGCUGACUUUGGUGCUUCAAGGCUUAUACCAAUGGAUAAAGACCAGCUCAUAAAUAUGGUGAAAGGAACUGUAGGCUAUUUAGACCCAGAAUACUACAACACAGGCCUACUAAACGAAAAGAGUGAUGUUUAUAGCUUCGGGGUAGUUCUCAUGGAACUGCUAUCAGGCCAAAAGGCAUUGUGUUUUGAGAGGUCACAGCAGUCAAAACAUUUGGGGAGUUACUUUGCUUCUGCCAUGAAAGAGAAUAGGUUGCACGAGGUUAUUGAUGAAAAGGUAAUUAACGAGAAUAAUUGGAGGGAGAUAGAGGAAGCUGCCAGAGUUGCUAUGGAGUGUACAAGAGUGACGGGAGAAGAAAGGCCACUGAUGAAGGAAGUAGCUGCAAAGCUUGAGGGCUUGAGAGUCGCAAGAAUCAUGUUGAAAAGUAAACUUGAUUUGGGUUAAGCAUUAUUGGGCUAAUCAUGUGUUGAUCCAAAACCUUAACCCAAACUCUAGAAUAAUCUUCCACCUCCUUAGAAUAAAAAUCUAGAUAUUCUCAUAGAAUUAUCUAGAUAAUUAUAAUAAAAAAAUCUUAGAUAUUAUGGUAGAAUUGUCUAGAUUUAGGAUCAAAAUAUGUAAGAUAUUUUGUAUUUUGGAGACUAUAAAUACCUCCACUCCCCUUUCAUUUUGUAUCACCAAGAAAUAAUCCAAGUUUGUAAGAAGUAAUAAAAUCCUCUUCUAAGUUAUAUAAUCUUUCUUCU